AUGAAGGUAUCACUAAAUUCAUUUUUUCAUGGCAUUCGUUUUGCAUUACAAAAAUGCAAAUUUGAUGGUGUAUUUCUUAAAGUGAAGCAGUACAAAAUUUUAGAUGCUUUGAUAUCCGGAAGAGAUGUGAUUGGAGUUCUACCUACGGGUUAUGGAAAAUCCAUCAUUUUUCAGCUAUUGCCAUUUCUUCAUGAAUACCACAGCAUCUCGGACGCUGGUAAUAUUGUGAUAGUUGUUGCGCCACUAAAUGCAUUAAUUGAGGACCAAAUUAAAAGUCUUCGAAAAAGGGGGGUGAGUGCUGGUAUGUUAAGAACAAAACCACAGAACAUGCGCACAAUUGCAGAUAAUACAAACUGUGAUUCUGAUUCAGAUUCUAACACUGAUGAGAACAACAUUGACAAUGAACUUGAGCAAGAUGCAGGAAAUGAACUUUCUUCUAUUCGUAGUGGAAAAUUUAGACUCUUAUUUAUCCACCCAGAGGGAUUCAUUUCAUGCCGAGAAGGCCGAAAGAUUCUGACAAGUGAACCGUAUCAGAAGAAUGUUGUAUGUUGUGUUGUCGAUGAAGCUCAUCUUGUUCAUGAAUGGGGAGAGGACUUUCGACCAGACUUCAGCAAGCUGUCCCAACUUAGGGCCUUAUUUCCAUGCACACCAAUGCUAGCAUUAACUGCAUCAGCCCACCAAAGUUCAUGGGCAUAUUGACUUCUUCCCUUCAUCUACGAAACCCUUUAAAGGUAAUUGGUAACUUAGACAGGCCAAACAUCUAUAUAGAGGUUCUUAAGCGAAAACCAUCAGUAUUUGGGUCAGAAAGCUAUGAGAGAAUCCUUUGUCCAAUUGCCAAAGAAUUAAAAACAACACUAAUUAACUAUCCAUUAACUAUUAUUUAUCUACCACUGAAAUGGUGUGGUCAUGCAUUUAAACUUUUUAUCCAAAUUCUUCAAGAAAAAAGUUAUUUUCCUGCAGGUGAAACACAUGAUCCUUCCAAAUGUUUGUUUGCUCAGUUUCAUGCAGCCCAGACUGAUAAGAUGAAAAGUGAAAUUCUUGAACAAUUAACAGGAGAAUCUGAAAGGCACAAUAUUCGUGUGGUAUUUGCGACAGUAGCAAUUGGACUAGGUGUAAACAUACCAAACGUCAGACAAGUAAUACAUAUUGGACCUCCAAGGACUAUUGAAUCAUAUUACCAGGAAAUCGGGAGGGCAGGUCGGGAUGGAAGAUCAGCCAGAGCAGUUUUAUACUACAGUGGUUCAGAAAUUGCAACAAACAAACCUGGUAUGACAGAUGAAAUGCGUGUUUUCUGCCCAACGGUUAAAACCUGUCUAUGA